AUGUCUCUCGAAGCAUUGCCCGCGGAGCCAAUCGGCAGGAUACUUGCGCUGCUGGACACGAAGAGCAUCAAGAGAUUGAGACUCGUCAGCCAUGAGAUUUGCAGCCCCGCGAACUCUUCUCUGCUGUCAAAGAUUUCUCUAGGCUACAGUACGAACGCUAUUGAUACCGCUAAUGCCAUUACUGCCCACGGCCACAUCGCCAGCUGUGGGAGGAGCCUGGCGUUUAACGUGGCGAUAUUCCCGCGGUAUCGUGCCUUCGACGAAUGGAAUCCCGAUUGGGAGCAACACAACGCACCCUCGCUCGAGGGCUUCAAUCUCUAUAAAAUGCUCGGUGGGAACCAGAGAAGAAUGCUCACGGGUGCGGGAGUCGCCGAUGCGCGACAUGACGAGCAACCGUUCAGCGCGGUGCGAAUUGCUAGGCGCGGCGAGCCGUCGCCGUUGGCUGUGUUCCUUUCUGUGGCCAUCGAGCUCCACAAUAGAUCCACGGAGUACAAUCUCUUCGCCCUGUCUGACCGUGUGGCCGUGGACUCAGCGGCAUGGUUCAGGGAGUGGGCGAACCCCCGCAUCAAUGUCUCUUACCCGUCUGCCCGCGGAGCCAACAAGAUCCUCGCAAUCUUGACCGUGGACGCCAUCAAGAAUCUGAGGCUCGCCAAUAAGGCAAUCUGCUAUCUCGCCAAUCCGUUCCUUCUGUCGGAAGUCUCCCUUCGCUACACUACAAGGGCUCUGCAUAUCGCCAAAGCAGUCGCCGCUCAUCCUCAGAUCGCGAGAUUCGUCCGACGUCUCGUGCUCAAUGUAGCCUUGUUCAAAGGCAAUGGCGACUUGACGGCAUGGGCCAGGGAAUUGGCGGACCGAGAAGCCUGCAUGAUCUGGAACGAGACGAAAGAUCUUACCAAACUGCGGCCGGAGUCGAUACCUUUGCAGAAAGUUUUGGACAGGUUCCGCGAGUGCAAAAAGGCAGCCGGGCAGCGUGGAGAGGGCGGCAAUACCUGCCCUCGUGCGACGAUUACGGCAGAACGCCGUCUCCGUGAGGUCGUGCAAAACAUUCCCGAGUUCUGGAAAGCAUAUCAAGGAGCCUGCAUGGAUCAGGAUCGUAUACUCCAUAAUUGGAAAGGAUCACGGAUGCGCACAUGCUUGGAGACUGUGCUUGAGGCUUGCCCUUCCAUCCAUGAGGUCGUUAUCAAGCAUGCCCACGAUCUUAUUCUCAAGCCGGCUGUUUGGAAAAGUAGCACGCCGCCUGAGAUUCGGCUGUUCAGCCGCCACUGUCGCGAUCUCAAAGAAUAUCGACCUUUCAGUCAGGCUUCGAGGAUGCGAACAGGCGUGACGAAGAAUCGCCAAUGGCAAGACGUUACCUGGCAGAUCGUGGAAUCUUGGGAUGAGGAUCAACACCGAGUCAGAGAAUAUCAUCCGGGUAGGAACGACGAUUGGGGCCAUGACGGUGACGGAUCUUACGUGCUUCAAGUCAUCGCACUGGCACCACGACUUCACCGUCUUCAUCUGGGCAUGACCCAGUACAACAGGAAUCUGCAGCUUCACUUCCCACCCAUCACCUGGUCCCAUCUGAACUCCGUCCGAAUCGACAACUUCGAGACAUCGGCAGACACAUUCACGCCAUUCCUACUGCGGCAUGCGUCCACCCUGGAGAGCCUUCCUCUAUCUCGCGCACGUCUCGCCGACGAUCAAUGGAUGAACGACUGCUUCUCAACCAUCGCCGGGAACCCUCCCGCACUGACGACCGUACGUCUCACGGGAAAAUUCUACGACGAAGAAAAUCACAAGUUUUGCAACUUUGAUCGCAGAAGAGGCAAAAUCGUUGCGAGCCAGCUGUCGAAGUACAUCAUGAGCGGAGAGAUGCAUUCGGAAGUGCGCAACUUGAUCCGAAGUCCGAAAUGCCACCCGCUCUCCUUGCACGGCAUUCCGACGACUGUGCCGACGGAUGAGUCCAAGGAAAGAGAUAUGGUCAACGCGAUCUAUACGGUCAUCAAACAACUCCAUCCAGAUGAACACAUGGGCACCACCAUCUCCAACACGUCCUCCGGCGACAGCCACGGCACAGACAGCAUCAAACCAUCCGACUCGAACGACAAGCUCUUUCCCAAGCCGAACGACUUCAUCCCGCUGCUGGACGACUCGUUCAUCGGCAAGCCGGCGAUCAUGAAGGACGUUCAACCAAAGCCAGCGUCCGACGACAAGGAGCUGAGCAACGGCGCUCCCAAUCAGUUCUUGCGCUUGAAUUGA